CGUUUGUAUAAUUCCAUAUUCAUUCAUUCUUUUCGUUCAAACAUCAUAGUUCUUGAAUUGAUCAAGCUAGUUUACAAAGAGAAUAGUUCUUCAAUUCUCGAACUUUCAUUGAUGGGGCUUCUCAAUAUUGCCUUGGCUGUGAUGCUUGUUCUUUCUGUUGUGUAUUUUGAGCCAAGCAGAGCCAGUAGGAUGUUGCAUGAUGAAGAAGAAAUAGCCAAGAAGAAACUUGGCCUUCAGUCCCUUCAGAGAGGAGAUCUUCCUCCAUCAGGUGCAUCUGGGUGUACCUAUAUUCCUGGUACUGGAGGCUCAAGCUGUCCACUGAAUGGGAAACACCAUGCAGGCCAUGUUUUAUCCCAUGCUACCGCUUAUCCUCGCCUUACGGUCCAAUUGGGUGUGGCAACCAAUCAGAAAUGACCACUCUAGUGCUACAAAAAUUGAAGCUGGAUUCAUUAUAGCUGCAGAUUAAUAAUGGAUUUUUGGAGAAGAAGAAGAUGAUCAUGAUGAUGUGGGAUGUCUUUUCCCAAUUUCUAACAUCAUUUCCAAGAAUCAUCCAACCAAGUUGGAUUGCUUUUACUUUUUAUUAGCUUUCUCUUAACUGUAGAAUAAUACUAUGAAACAUUGAAAUAUGUAAAUUAAAGUGAUUUUUACAAAUUUGAUUUAUUUUUCUUAUGUAAAAGAACAGAAAAAUAUAGUAGCCAGGGAUAAUCAUACAAAAUUCAUCUUCAUGGUGAAUUGGUGAUCAAUAUGUACAAUACAUGAUCUUGUGUAAUAUACAUGGACUUAUUGCUUUAA